CACACCAUAUUCCGUGCUCUUCGCUGGCACAAGCUGUGACGUCAAGACACGUCCUCUUCCUGGCUUCCAGUCGCUGGUUGCCUCGGUGACCGGCUAGCGAGCUGGCUCCGGGCCCGGUAGCGGGUUCUCCUAGCCAUGGGGACGAGCAAUGGCAGCAAGAGCCUGACCCCGGGGCCGUCCCCUCCCGACCCCAGCCCCACUGCUCCGGGCUGUGGCAACGGGGCAAUGAUGGGCUCUUUCGGGAUCUUCUUGCAAGGCCUGCUGGCUGUGAUGGCUUUCAGCAUCCUCAUGUUAAAACGCCUUCGAGAACCAAAGCAUGAAAGACGUCCUUGGAAAAUCUGGUUCUUGGACACAUCCAAGCAAGCUAUAGGGAUGCUGUUUAUCCAUUUUGCAAAUGUCUACUUGUCGGACCUUACUGGGGAAGACCCUUGCUCUAUAUAUCUUAUUAACUUUCUCCUGGACGCUACAUUGGGGAUGUUGCUUAUCUAUAUUGGUGUUCGAGUGGUGAGUUGCAUCGUGGAGUGGAGGCAGUGGGAGUCCCUGCGAUUCGGCGAAUAUGGUGAUCCUGUGCAGUGCAAAGCCUGGGUUGGGCAGUGUGCCCUCUACAUUGUCAUUAUGAUGUUCGAGAAAACAGCCAUCGUCCUUGUCUUGCUCAUCCCGCAUCUCAAAGAGGUUGCCAAGGUAAAACCUAUAAAAAAUCCUCAACUGGAGCUUGCAACUGUCAUGCUGAUUGUUCCAUUUUUUGUUAAUGCAUUAAUGUUUUGGGUCGUGGACAAUUUUCUAAUGAAGAAAGGCAAGACAAAGGCCAAGACGGAAGAAAGGGAGGGCAGCCCAGACUCUCGGAAUGGCACCACGGUCCGAUACCGGCGGACGGCUUCAUAUGACGAAUCAGAAUCCGAAAUUCUAAUAUCAGCAGAUGAUGAAAUGGAAGAGUCAGAUGGGGAGGAUGACUUGCGCAGACUUACCAAUUCCAAGCCGGUUAAGAAAAAGAAGCACAGAUUUGGCCUUCCUGUAUGAUGCGGUUUCCAGUCUCAGGAGAACAAAGGCUCCAUUAAGCAAGGCCUUGCAAGAGGAACAGGAUAGUGUUUGGCUGUUUGUUAUGUAGCCUCUACCUCUACUGUCCAGUUAACUUGGAAGAUGGGAAGGGAUCUCUCCUUAGGGGACGCUAAGGAUAAGGGCACGGGAGGCUUGUUUUGCACUACAGGCUGCUGCACGCACAUACCUUAAAGCAGGUGCAUUAAAGGACAACCUAAGUUCAACUGCUGUUCUGUGGAUGGUGGAAAAGCAGAGACAGUCCCUUACUUUAUCAGCAGUCUUACAAAUAAUUCUGUUUCUGCAGUUCUGCUCAUUGCUGAGAAGACUUUAAUGAUUGAUGGCCCUUUCUUACUGAAAGUGUCUUCUUUUUCACCUUCCAUUGUUCCAAUUGUGUUCCAUUCAGCUCCUGUUGCCUCUGUCAAAUAUGUAAAAUGGAUGGGAUUAUCUUCGUAAUUUAACACGAACAAGACCUGUCUCUGUACUAACCUAUACUAAUGACCGACUUCGGCAACUGUCACUACCGCACAUCAGCCCGACGGAGAAUGUGAAUAUGCUCACUUGGUAUUUCAUCUGGGAGAGUCGCCUGUCGCGGGUGCUAUGAGCUGUGCAAAACACUUGAGUUUACAGAUGUCUCUUUUCUAUGCAUUCAUACGUUCCCUUGUAAUCUGUAGCUGCUCUUAAAAAUUGUCUCCAGAGCUAUACGGUAAAACAUUCAUUCAGCUUUUGGUACCCCCCAACUUCCCAGAAUGUUUCAUGUCUUGCGUAUAAAUGACCAUAAUGGUAUAGCUAUGCUAUUUGCUACUGGCCUGAAAAUUGUAAAUGAUCUAGUAUUGCAAAUGGCAGAUUAAACCAGAAGUAAGGUGUAGUAGAUAACCUAUAGCUGCAAUCCAGUGCUUACAUUAAAGGAACAGUAACGCCAAACAAAUAAAGGGUUUUAAAGUAAUGAAAAUAUCAUGUAGUGUUGCUCUGCACUGGUAAAACUGAUGUUUGCUUUAGAAACAUUACUAUAGUUCAUAUAAAUAAGCUGCUGUGUAGCAAUGGCAUCAAUUGAAAAAAGCCUAUAUGGCACAGGUUAAAUAGUAGAUAACAGAUCAUACCAUUAUGUUCUACAGAGUUUAUCUGAUGUGUAAUCUGAGCAUUUUCUCUUUUGAAUGGCUGCCCCCAUUGCUACACAGCAGUUUAUUUAUAUAAACAAUAGUAGAGUUUCUGAAGCAAACACAGCAGUUUUACCAGUGCAGGGCAACACUUGAAUUUUUUGAUGUUACUGGUCCUUUAAGGUUAAAGAACCCUUCCUUUCUCAGGGAGAACUCUUUGUUUUUCUUCUCACACUGACGGCUCUGAUGUUCUAAAUCUCACAGUCUCACACUUAAUCACAAAGCUGGACUCUCUUUGGGACUGAGGCUGCACCUCCGCUUGGAGCAGACCAUGAAUGAAGGGGCCAGAAGAGGAAGAAGUGUGUAUCUCUAAUGCUCUUGCUGCCAGACUGUUCGGCAGUACCAAAAUAUUCACCCUUCUCCCAUCUUUAGGAAAGACUCUGCCUUAACAUUAUUCUAUUCCUUACAGAUGACUGGGGGGGGGGUUCAGUCAUUCCUUAAUCCCUUUGCUUUCAGAAGGAACUACAGUUCUACUGCACAACUAAUUGUGGUCCUUACUGGAAACAAAGUGUCCAAAAUAGAUUAAUUACCCCGAGUCUCUCUGCUUUUUUUUUUCCUGCUUUUUGUGCACCUUUUUAAUUUAUAUUUUCAUACGUUUUAAAAGCUAUUUUCUGCAAAAGGUCAAAAAGGUGACAAUUGUUUGUGUAGAUUUUAUUUUAUUGGUAUUACGUACAUAACAAUAAUGACUUUCCUACUGACUGCACAAUAUCUACUUUUUCUCCAAUGUAUGUGUCUGCAGGACUCUAUGCUAUAUUUUGGGUUUGGUACUAUGGGAGAAAUCCUCAUUUAAAGGGACAUAUUCUGCAUUAUUUUGUAUCGCUGGUUAUUCAGCAGAGGUCUGUUACGUUUUUUUAUUUUUUCGCUUUGUAACCCUUAACUGCCAGAUCAGCCUGCAGUAUAUUAAUCUGUUACCUUACAAAUGAUUGCAGGCCCUUCAACACUGAAAUGAUUGACGAUUAUAGGAAUACGUUACACAGAUAAGUGCUUUCCCUUUUUAUAACAUAAGUGUAUGCCAGAUGGAUGCACUUUUUAUUGACUUGUGAAAGGGGUGGGGAGGGAUCAGCAGAGGUUAUUGCUUUGGUCUCUUCUCUAUAAAUACAAGUUUUCAAAAGGUGA